GUCCCCCAUCUCUCCACCACCAGCACCACCACCUCCACCCUCGCUUUAUCCUCACCCGGCCACCAUGUCGGCCAUCACGACGACCCCCCAGGCCCUCAUAACCGAAUGGGCUUACUUUCUCUGGCAAGAGCGCGGCAUGGCGCAGAUGUACACGCACCUCGUCCUCGCAGCCUUAUUCCCCAUCUACGCCGGCGCACACGCCUCACUCCGCCGUCCGCCAUCAGCCGCUAUACCUAUCAAAACGAAGAGGAGGACGAGAGAGGGGGAUGAUGAAGAUAGCGAAGAUGAGGAGCUGGAGGUGGAGCAGCAUCUUGGUCUGACGCCAUCGGAUGCGAUUAUGUUCCCCAUCCUCGCGGGGUUUACGCUGUCGGGACUGUACUUUUUGAUUAAGUGGCUUAAGGACCCCGCGCUCUUGAAUCAGAUUUUGGGAUAUUACUUUUCGACUCUGGGGGUGUUUGGAGUAGGCAAGCUGGCGACGGAUGCGCUGAACGUCACCACCUCGGUGGUCUUCCCGAAUAUGUGGUCCGCGAAGGGACAGAUAUAUCACAUCAACCAGACCCUCUCUGCACAGCUCAUCGAGUCACCGUCCCCCAGCCGGCCAGAGACGAAAAUCCACCGCCGCUUCGUCGAAGCAAAAACAAACCCAUUCCCGAGCAUCUUCUCCAGCAUCCGCUUCCCCGCCAGGACAACCAAGCGCAUCUGGGCCGUCCGCGCCCUCCUGAACCAGCAAUGGGUAUUCCGCGGUUACAUCCACGGCAUCCUCAGCGCCAAAUCGCGGGUUCGUCUCAAUGACGCCCUUGGAUUUCUUAUUGGGGUUACGUGUAUAGCCCUCUACAAUAUGAAUGGGAAACCCUGGUACCUCACCAACCUCAUGGGCUUCGGGUUCUGCUACGGGUCGCUGCAACUCAUGUCCCCCACCACUUUCUGGACGGGCUCGCUGGUUAUGGGCGGGCUGUUUAUUUACGAUAUCAUAAUGGUGUUUUAUACACCCCUCAUGAUCACCGUGGCUACCACCCUCGAUGCGCCGAUGAUGCUCGUUGUUCCCGGCCCGAAUAGGGGGAGUAUGUUGGGGCUGGGCGAUAUUGUUUUACCAGGGAUUAUGAUCGGGCUUGCGCUACGAUUCGAUCUGUAUCUCCAUUACCUCCGUAAGGGCCAGGCGUCAUCGGAUAUCGCCUUACCAAGCUACAAAAAACCAACUGCUAGCCAGACGGGAGACCUCUUCUGGACAGCCCGCCAUGCAUCCCUCCGCCCCGCUACUCUCGCUGAUGCGGCGUUCAGGAAGACGUAUUUCCACGCCGCGUUGGUGGGGUAUGUGGCUGGCAUGGCGGUCACGCUCUCAGUGCUUAAUAUAUGGAAUCACGCGCAGCCGGCGCUGCUUUAUCUCGUACCCGGUGUGUUAAUAGCGUUAUGGGGAACGGCGGCGGUGAGGGGGGAGAUUGGGGUGAUGUGGAGGUUUACGGAGAGUGGGGAUGAUAUUGCGGAUGUGAAGGGGGUGAGGGUUGAGGUGGUUGAGGCGAAGAAGGUGGAAGGGGAGGGGGAGGUGAAGGCUGGGGAGGGGGUUAAGAAGUAUGGGGAGAGGGAGGAUUUUGUUAUGUAUUUCACGUUGUCGACGCCGAAGGCGGAGGAUGUGAGGGAGAGGGCUGUUGGGAAGAGUGAUUGAGAGUAGGCUGUAAAGGAGUUGUGGCGAAAUUAUGGGGACAAUAAAUAGAUUGUCUGGAUAGGAAAGGGGUUCAGCGAUUGUUCUGGGCAUAGAUGGCUUGGAUACUUGUAUUUUUAGAGGUUAGAUCAGUUAGAUCAGCCACAGGUGUAUUUUUAUCACGGGGAUUGGGUUGGUGUCAGUUUUGGCUUGAUAGAUCAUGUAUUCUAUCCGCUUUAUGCUGGAUUAUAUUUUUUCCUUCUCCACUGGUGAGAGCGAACCCAGUG